GUGGCGCUGGUUAGUGGAACAAGAUGAAAACAGUGUAGUUAGCUGUUUACAACCGUGGUUACAACACCCGGGCCGACAGGACUGUGAUAACGGCAUCGCAGAAAAAUCCCGGGAAUCAGAGGGAGAUGGCCGGCGGGUCUGGAAAUGAAGACAUGUUUGACAGUAUUUUUCUGGCGGAUGAGCGGUUCCGUGGGGAGGGCUACCGGGAAGGAUUUGAGAAAGGGACCCGCCAAGGGCUGCGGGAUGGCCGCAGACAUGGGGCCUCACAUGGGGCCAGGUUGUCCACCGAGAUUUCUUUCUACUAUGGGUUUGCCAUAACAUGGAAAUGUCUGCUCCAAAAUAACACAGAUGUCAAAUCAAGAAAGCGCAUGAAAGCUCUGGAGGCUCUCCUGGGUUUGAUCCAAGACUGUCCUCAUGAUGAUCCACAGUCUGCAAAACUACAGGAGAACAUGGAGAAGCUUCGGGCCAAGUUCAGACAGGUCUGUUCCAUGCUGAGUGUCCCAACUGACUUCAAGAAUUACAUCAAAACCUCUGAGGGGACUUCUUUCUGAUUCUGUCCUGAGGGUGAUGAGGAGGAGGAGCUGACCUCUGCGUCCCAGACAGAAGAAAGGCAAGCUGAGCUGCUAUCACUAGCAGCCCUGAUGUCCCUCAGUCUCACAGGCAGCUGCAGGAGAGGGUUUGGAGCAUGAAGCAAUGGCUGUGUCCGUCUGAAUGUCAUCUUUGAGAGCAGUCUUUGCUCUCAUGUUCUGGUGGUGAAGGUGUGACAUGUACGUAGAGUCCAUGGUCCUCAUUAAACUGGACCAGUCUGAGGAGAUGACUGCAGUCAGUCUGAAGACUGACAUACUGACAGACUGACAUGAUGUUGUUUUUCACGUUUGACUGUGGUAAAAGACUGGAUUUAUUGCAGUUUUUCAGUGUGUUUAAGGAAAUGAACUGAAAAUCAAGAAAGUAAUGUGUGUCUUCACAAACAGUUUAACAGAAUAAAGACACCAAAUUAAAAUCACCCAGAAGAUUGUAGUAAGUCAUGCUAUUUUUCAGAAGAGUACAAAGUCACCAGUACAUACUUCAGAUGUACUUAACACAAGUAUUUGAUUUUUCUUUUACUUUGUACUCCAUUACAUUUAUAUGGAAGCUGUAGUUUAGUUUGCAGAUUGCGAGUGCUCGCAAAAACAUUUGAAGAGUUUGGAAAAUAUGAUGCAUUGUUACUGAUGAAACACAACAGUAUGUAUUGUACUGAAAUUAAAGUUUACAUUUUACCUACUGGCAGGGGCCAACCCACAAAAUGAGUACCGUGAUAAUGACUUCUGUAUACAGGUAUGCUUUUAACACAGUAAGGGUUUGAAUACAGUAAUUUUACUUGUAUUUUUUAUUGGUACUUAAGUAACCUCAGUAAAGGAUUUGACUACUCAGCAGAGUGGCAGCCCAAACUAACAGUCUGACCAUCACAACAUACUGAAGGAAACUAAUAAAUGCAGGCUCACGUAUUCUGUGUUUGUAGACCCCUUUCAGCUCUAAUACUCAAUUGACAAUAAUUCAGACACAGUUUUGAUAACUGAUUAAUUAUUUAUGUCUUCAGUCUUUUAAGCAAAGAUGUCAAAAAUUGACAGGUUCUAGCCUCUGAAAUGCAGUUUGGCAAUGUGUCUUACUACUUAUCUUUGGAUUUUGGACUGUUGGUUGGACAAAGCAAACACUUGAAUAUGUCAGUGUGGACUUUUGAAAAAUGAGAUGUCUGUCUAUGUUUUACUGUUAUGACAUUUUAUGGACCUAAGAAUUACUUGAUUAAUGAAGAAAUAAUUAUCAGCUGCAGCCCUUGUUGCAGGGUCAGUCUUCAUCUAAAGCAUUUAUAGCAGUACAAAUGUGUGUGUGUGUGUACAUAUACAUAUAUAUAUAUAUAUAUAUAAAGGAUACAGUGCAUUUAAAAAGUA